AUGGAUGGUGAAAUUGAAAGGUUGAUCAAAGUAUGGAUUUCAGCCAUCAUAGGUCUAUGUUAUUGUUAUUACUUAGCUUCUAGAAUACCAAAAGGUUUACUGAGGCUUCUUUCCUUCCUUCCACUUCUCUUCCUCUUCCUUAUCCUUCCAUUAAACCUCUCUUCACCUACCUUAAUUGGAAUCACUUCCUUCUUCCUUGUUUUGCUUGGCACAUCCAAGCUCCUUCUUUACUCCUUCAACCAAGGCCCUCUUGCUCUAUCACCUCCAUACAUUGUCCACUUCAUCUCCAUAGCUUUUCUCCCCAUCAUCCCCAAACAACACCCUCCAACCAAUGAAAACCACAAACCCAAAUGGCUUGUGCCUCUAAAAGUGCUUAUUUUUGCAAUGAUCAUUCGUGUUUAUGACUUCAAAGAAAACUUGCACCCUAAUUUCAUGUUGGUCAUUUAUUGCUGCCACGUUUACCUUUCACUAGAGCUGUUGUUAAUCUUCAUCAGUGUCACCAUUCGAACCCUUUUCGGGUUUGAGAUAGAACCACACUUCAACGAACCCUACAUUUCUACCUCACUUCAAGACUUCUGGGGUCAUAGAUGGAACCUCAUGGUUACUCUUAUUCUACGUCCUACCGUAUACAAUCCUAUACGCCGUAUGUUUAAAAGUUUUGUGGGCUCCUCGUGUGCUUCGUCAGCUGCAAUGUUGGCCACUUUUCUUGUCUCUGGACUCAUGCAUGAGCUAAUUUAUUAUUACCUUGUGGCUGGCCACCGCGGGUGGCAGUUGCACCGUCUUGUGUCGGGGUUGCUUGUGGUUUCAUUUUUGGCAAUAACAGCAAAUUGGUUGUUCUUUCCUCAAUUGUUGAGGAAUGGUGUGGAUACGAAGGCUACUGAAGAGUAUGCUAGUUUGGUAGAGUUUGCUAAGUCUAAGUUCUCAAAACAACAUAAUUAUUCAGUUCUUCAUGUGUAA